CCACCAACUGCAUCACUUUCAGUUCUCCAGUGAUCACGAUGGACGAAAGUACGUUCAGUUCGGGUAGCAUGUGCUCCAGUGCAGAGGAAGAAAUACUGGCCAGCGAGGGUCUCCGUCUGAGCAGAUCCGCCCGUUGGCGAGAGCGUUCCACUCGUCACGUGAGCUUCGAACCGGCAAUGUUUUUGUUUUGCUUUGCAAUCACACUAUCAGAAAUUGAAUUAACUCAUCAGUUCAUCUAUCAGACCUGCCAGGUGCAAGGAAUCGAGUUGAACGAAUGUUCGCUAGUGGGACCAAACGGAACUACAUCCGGUACUCAGAAAAUCGAAACCGAUGUUCGACCAGCUGCUGCGAGUUCAACCAUCGCCAUAGCGAUUAUCAAGUUUGUGAUACCGACCUUUGGCGCGUUGCUUUUGGCGGCAUGGUCCGACCGAUACGGAAGAAAACCUGUGGUCAUAAUAGCUGCGUGUGGCAUGCUUCUAACGUAUUUCUCCCUCACUGGUUUGAACUUCUUAUCUACGUUUGUCCAGGUUAACCCUUGGUUCUACGUAUUGGCGUAUAUACCAUUUUUCUUGCCAGGAGGAAUGAUAAUUCUCGCGGCAACAGUGUACGCGUUUGUCUCGGAUCUCUCCAACGAUCACAACCGAACGGUCAAGAUGGGCUUUAUGAAUGCUUCGAUACUGGCAGGAUCUUUGACGGGAUCAUUCUGCAGCAGAUAUAUUGCGGAGUUUGGGAACGCCACCAUCACGUGCAUGGCUGCAGCGGGUGCCGCACUGGCAGGACUUAUCUACAUCGCACUAUUCGUUGAGGAUAGUAUUAUUCCCAGUUCCGAUAGUGAGAUACGUACCAGCCUAACAAUGUUGUGUUCCUCCUCGCUAAUAAGAGAUAUUAUGCAAGCGGUGGGUCGCAAAAGAACACGAUACUUUUGGGCGAUUCUAUGUCUUAUCAUUGGCAGUGUAUCGCUUACAAAGUUAGCCGUUGGCAGCAGCUCGGUCGCGUAUACGUUUGUGCAUCGAAAGCUAGAAUGGAACGUGAAGCAGUAUAAUCAGUUUAUUCUGAUCGAGAACUCGCUUAUGAUAGUGGCAAACAUUGUGGGCAUUUUGUUGCUGAAAAACCUACUAGACUGGCCGGACAUAAUGGUUGCUCUCGCUUCCGUGGUUGGUUUUGUCGUAAGCUCGACGAUCAAAGGGUUUGCCAGCUCCGGGAGGGACUUUUACAUCGCAUCCGGUGUAACGUUCUUCAAGGGAAUGCACGGAGCGGCACUUUUAUCCGUUUGCGUCUAUCUUCUGCUAUCGAACGAUAUUGCCAAAUUCUACGCGGCCACAGUGUCUAUAGUUAGACUAGUUCCGUUGGCAUCCGAACAUAUGUAUAGCGCUUUCUACGAUGAAACAGUAGAGAACUACCCGGAAGCAUAUAACUUUUUAGCUGCGGGAAUUUAUGGAGUCUGUGGGCUGGCCUUGGGUGUUAUGCAAUGGCUUCUGAGCAGACGCACUCAACCGGAUCUGCUGUUGUAAUCCAACGAUUAAAGCAUACAUUUAUGUGAUAUUUUUUAGACUGUGCAGUUGCAAAUGAAAUUAUUCUCUCCAUUAUAUCCCCCUGUAUUCUGCACCACGAGUGACGUGAGAUAACAAAGUGUUUCUUUUCAUACUGAUAACCUUACUUUUCAGCUUCUGUUAGAUACCCGAGUUGAUCACGUAUGAGGACACAACUUCAAACUUCAUCUAAUGAGAAACGCCAUCUUACGUGACUCGCAGCGCGGAAUAGAAGCGAUUGGUUCGACUAAAAAGUUCUGUCGAAUAUAACUAAAUUGUUUGUAUAAUGAACAUUAACUUU